CUCUUCCCCACACUGCUCCCCAAAUCGUCUUUGUUCGACAUCCACCAUGGUUGAGUUGAAGCAUACCGUCGUCGACGAGUUGCCGAAGAUUGCGGAAGAACUCAGGGCGACAUUCCGCAGUGGCAAGACGAGGCCCCUCGCAUGGAGACGGCACCAGUUACACCAGGUCGCUCGCAUGAUGCAAGAGAACAAAGACGAGUUCACGAAGGCCAUCGCCUACGACAUGCGCAAGCCUGCCCUGGAGGUAUACGCCGCGGAAAUUGGGCCCAUCACCGAGCGCGCACUGAAGAGCGCCGAGCAACUGGAGGAGUGGGCCAAACCCGAGCUGGUGUCCGUCCCCGACUGGCAGAAAUCGUGGCAGCCAACCCUGACCAAGAUGCCCAAGGGUGUGGUGCUCAACAUCGCUCCUUGGAACUACCCCAUUAUUCUCACGCUGCAGCCCCUGAUUGGGGCAAUCGCCGCGGGGUGCUGCUGCGUCGUCAAGCCCUCUGAGCUCGCGCCUGCUAUCGCGCAGCUACUCGCCGAUCUCGUCUCUCGUUAUCUCGACCCGUCCGCGUACCGCAUCGUGAACGGUGCUGUCACAGAGACGACGAAGCUUCUCGAGCUAAAAUGGGACCACAUCUUCUACACCGGAAAUGGCAGGAUAGCCAGGAUCGUGGCCGCCGCGGCGGCGAAGCAUCUCACGCCCGUCACCUUGGAACUCGGCGGCAAGUCGCCGGUAAUCGUCGACCCAUCCUACGACCUCGAGUUGGCCGCCAAACGGAUACUGUUCGGCAAGGCUUGCAAUGCUGGCCAGAUUUGCGUUGCGCCGGACUAUGUCCUCAUCCCUCGUAGCCAGCAGGACGAACUAGUGGAGGCGAUGAAGGCUCGGAUUGCUGAGUGUUACCCUGAGGGUACCCUCAAGUCCGAUUCAUACGGGCGCAUCAUCUCGGACCUUCAUCAAAAGCGCCUGAAGUCGUUGCUUAAUGCCACGAAGGGCGUUGUCGUCACAGGAGGUCAGACCGACGACGACCGAGGCUUCGAGCUCACAAUUGUCAAAGACGUUGGAAAGGGCGACUCACUGAUGUCCGAAGAAAUCUUCGGGCCCAUUCUUCCGAUCGUUCCUGUCGAUAGUAUGGACGAAGCUAUCGCGUUUGUGAACGAAAGACCGCAUGCGCUCGUUCUGUACGCGUUCACCGAAGAUCCUCAGGUGAAACAGCAGAUCACAGAUACAACGGCAAGCGGCAGUUUGGUCUUCAAUGACACCUUCCAGCAGCUUUCAGUUAACGAGACUCCAUUCUCCGGCGUGGGAGAGAGCGGUUACGGUGGACAAGUGAUGAAGUACACAUUCGACGGCUUCACACACCUACGGACCACGAUAGACAUCCCCAAAGAAGCCGAGCCCACCCUCGAGGUCCGCUACGCGCCGUACACCGCAGAGAAGCUUAGCAUCAUGACUGGCUUGUUCCAAAGUAGCAUCCCAAGCGCAGCAUGA